CGCGCACACCUCACCAUGUCACAUGACUCCGCCUGUAGCGGCCAAAGGAAGGAUCCCAGGAGAAAGACGCAUGUUGACAUCUGCGUUGAAACCCCUCUAAAUCAUCCAGAAGCUCUCAAGUGGACACUGAUGGUGGGCUCGUCUCGUCCGGAAAACAGGAAGCAGGGCAUCCGUGGUCCACAUGAAGUGCCUAUUGAUUGCCAGUGAGAGUGCGGAGGUCCUCUUCUACUGGACUGACCCAGAGUUUCAACAGAAUAUUCAGCAGCAGUAUGGGGCGUCCCAGGAAGAAGGCCAUGGGCUCCCAGCCUUUGAGGACAGCAUCAGUACCCUGUUUGCCCCCAUCAUUAUCUCAUGCAUCACGAUGGUGGACCGACUGGGCGAUACCUAUGCCUCUUUUACCACUGAGAACAACCACAUAUAUGUCCUACAUCAGUUUGACGAGUGUCUCUAUAUUGCUGUGAAUGGGGAUGGAGACGAGGAUGAGGAUGACCUAAGGAGGAAGAUCUAUGUGAUGAAGAAGAUGAUUGAGGUGCUGUUUGGGAUGGUCACCUUAAGCAGCACCCUCUUGCGAAAAGAACUUCGACCUCAAGACACAGAGCAACGAGCAAGGCUAUGGAAGCAACUACAGAGUUUACUGGAGACAUACAGCCACCUACGUGAAAAUGACCAAAGUUUUUUAGUGGAGGCAGUUGAAAGGCUGAUUCACCCAACACUGUGUGAACAAUGUAUAGAGUUUUUGGAGCGACGUUUAGUCCAGCAGUUGAACAGCAGUGCGGAGAGAGUGGGAGAGGAGGUGAUGCAUGCCUUCAUACUGGUUCACACAAAACUACUGGCUUUCUACUCAAGUCGCAAUGCAAGUUCACUGGUCACCUCAGAUCUAUUGACACUCAUUAUAAUGGCACAGAAUAUGUAUCCAAGCAGCACAGACCUGGACGACGCUGGCCCAGAGGACGGAGAGAGUACAUCUGGUUCUGGGCCUGAUGUUUUUUACACUCCUGAGCCUUCGCCCACUGAAGAAGACUCUGAUAGUUCCAAUGGCUCAAGUAAGAUAGAGAAAGUCAAUGACAUUCCUGUCUUUGAAUUUGUGGACCCAGACAUCCAGAUGGCUGAGGACAGCUUACAGACUUUGAGGGUACCCCCUCCUGACCCAACCACUCCCCAAAGAGUUUUUUUGGAGGUAUCAAACAAAGAGGGCUUGUAUCCCAUGAUGCCUCACUCCAUGUACUGUCUUCCACUAUGGCCUGGAAUCUCUCUAGUACUACUAACUAAAAUUCCCAACAAUUGCUUGGCAAUGUCCAUCUAUGGGUUUCUUGAAGCAUUUGCAAUGGUGGAGAAGCGUCUUCGAGAGGGCCAUGAAGGUUCAGCCGCUACGAGAGGUCAGCCUGCUAUUAAUGACUUACGAGGGAAGCUGGACAAAUUCAUCAAAGCCCUGGGCCCCAGUGACAUCCAGUCUAUACCCCUAUUGAAUGUUUGGACAGAAUUCAAAAACAGAGCAUUUGCCAAAGGAGGACCAGGCUUUACAAAAGAUCUGAUCCCUUGGUGCAAGAAUAUGAGGACCCAACUUUGUGGCAUAUACCGCCAGUGUUUCCUCAUUGACUCUGGGUCACUGGACACUCCUCGUCAUUUGAGUCCUGGUCUACAGGAACGGGCUCAGACCCUGGUCCAAGAGAAACUGAUGGACUGGAAGGAAUUCCUGUUAGUUAAGAGUAAAAGAAAUAUUACCAUGGUCUCUUAUUUGGAGGAGUUUCCUGGUCUGAUCCAUUUCAUUUGUGUUGAUCGGUCAACGGGACAAAUGAUCGCACCAUCCCUGAAUGUCACAGAGCACAAUACAUCUGAGCUGGGGAAGGGUCCAGUGGCUCAGUUCAUCAAAAGAAAGGUCUGGGGACUAGUAAAUACAGCGCGAAGGUACCUCCAGAAAGGCUAUUCCACUGUCACACUACGAGAUGGGGACUUCUACUUUUGCUACUUCCUUUGGUUUGAAAAUGAGACGGGAUUCAAAUUGGAUGCUGUGGACUUGCCUAUUCUACCUGAUGACUCAGCACCAAUUGGGAUGCUCUCCUGGGACUACUACAGGAAGUUGCGGCGUUUUUACAGUAAGAACCACCAGGGGGAGGUAGUCCGAUGUUUUGAGCUGUUCACCAUUCAUCUGGGCAUUAUCCCUAGUGAAAUUAUCCUCCAACACUGCAGACAGCUGGCAAGUAAACUGUGGGAGCCCUCCCGAAACCCACUGCUCUAGAGACACAAUAUUGCACUUAUUAUUUUGCAACAUAUAUGUACAUCCAAUCCCUGUUGGACCAUAACUAAUGAAAACUGUAAGUCCGUGCUUUAUAAAGUCGAUUGUCAUUAUGUCUUAAGCACUGAAUCUAUGUUGAAGCGAUACACUUUAUUUGUGUACAUUUUGCUUCUUAUGAAUGUUUCCUUUCAUAUUUAUGUAUAACACUUUGUCACAAAUGUCAUGUUUCAGGUACUGAUAACAUUUGGUAAUGUAAAAUGCACAUUUGCCUUAUAUAUUAAAAUAAGUUAUCUACAAA